AUGCCACCCAACUAUAUGAUCUCCACCAGUCCCAAAUUCUCUGUCUUCUUUGAGCGCAUCUCUUCUUGUUCUCCCUCUACCUCAACUCUAGCAAUGUCUACCAUUACUGUGGCAUCUAAUACUGAAUCCUCAGCCCAACUGUGUGCAGCUACAUCUCUUUCUUCAUCCGGAAGUUGCUUUUCACAGGCACCUCAUCGUGCUCUCCAAGCCAGCAGUGGGGACAACAUGACGGCUGGUUUGCGCGAUCCUAUUUCUGGAUCUGGCAUGACUGAGUCAUCUAAAAUUGAGCCUGAGUGUAUCUACAAGCCGAAGCGCGUGUGGGUAAAGGGGAACGACAGCCGACUGGUCAGUAUACUUGAAAUUUGUUUGUAA